UUCAAAUAAGAUCUCUUGGCCAGGUUCAUUUUGUCUCAAAGUUCAAAGCCAUGGGUUUAAGAUUUACUAAUCUUCCAUCGGAUGUGUUUAAAGGAAGAGAGGUUCCACCAGUGCACUACCUUCUCAAAAUUCAAUCAUUCAACUCAUUGUCGAGAUCUUUAUUGGAGAAAUACAGUUCAGACAAGUUCGAAGCAGGAGACUACAAAUGGAGAUUAACGAUAUACCCAGGUGGGAACAAGGACGAAGGUGGGCAGGGCCAUAUUUCGAUAUUCUUGACGUUGGCGGACACGAGUUCGCUCCCUGGCAAAUGGGAGCUCCUUGCCAUCUUCAACUUCUUCGUGUAUGAUCAACUUGGCGACAAGUACUUCUUGCUUCCGGACAACCAACUAAGGCGUUUCCACGCGAUGAAGACGGAAUGGGGUGUGGCCAAAUUCGUGGAGCUUCAAGUCUUUAAUGACUCUUCCAAUGGGUACUUGAUCAACGACACCUGCGUGUUCGGUGUUGAAGUUUUCUUUCUGAGGCAGACUUGCAAAGCUGAGUGGUUGUCACCUUGGGAAAAACCCAACACCGGCUGCUACACCUGGACGAUCAAGUUUUUUUCUGCUCUCACCUUGGAUCGUUACGAGUCAGAGGGGUUCGUCAUUGGAGGCCACAAAUGGAGGAUUCGGAUCUAUCCUCGUGGGAACGGCGUCGGGAAGGGCAACAGUGUUUCGGCGUUCUUGUUUCUAGACGAGUCCACAGUUUCACCAGACACUCAACUCGUUGUGAGAUUUAUCAUCCGUGUGCUUGAUCAAAAUGAACCCAAAGGAGACCCGUUUCAAUUUACAUAUGACAACCAUUUUGGAGCGUCAUGCUUGGAGUGGGGAGCUCAAAAGUUCAUGCCAUUGGCUAAGCUCAAUGACCCAGAGCAACCCUAUUUGGUGGGAGACACUUGUGUAAUAGAAGCUGAUGUUACUUUGUUUGGAACAGUUUCCACAGUUUCUUAACAAUCGAGAUGAUUUGAAUAUCUGUAUUUAAUGCUAUUAACAAAAGUUAAUGGGAUUUAGAACAAAUACAACUUAUCAUUGUUUUGCAGGAGGAUUCGGAUCCACCCUUGCCGGAACGACAUAUAUGUAUUCCAUUAUUUUAAAAUUUAAAAUACAACUUAUCUUUGUUAAACUAGCACAAAUGUCUCAAU